AUGAUCCCAGAAAUUCGUGCUGUUGUCUACGAUUUCGGCGGAGUUCUGCUGUCUUACGACAACGUCAAACCGACAUGUAAAAGUUUGUUUUUUCAUUCUUCAUUUCACGAUAAAUGUUCUUUUUUUUGUAAUCAUGAAAUUUUUCGAGCUCGAAGUAAUGCUAAAAGUUGCUUCAAAAUUUCGAACUUCCAAAGCUAUUUUAAAUUCUCCAUGAAGCUCGGUAUUACCUUAACAAGAGCCAGAUGAGGCGUUGCUGUAGAAUUUUCGAUUUUAUAUUUUUUUACAUAUAAUGAAAACCUAGAAACUCACUUGAAUUUUAAAUAAUGACAUUUUACCAGAAAUCGACGAGUUGCUGGGUCUCCCAGUCGGAACGGUAGUGAAGGAGAUCGUGGGUCAGGAUUUCCACGACUGGCUGGGUCCUCACCGGAAUAUGUUCCUCGGAAACAUUUCCAUUGCGGAAAUCGAAGCGGGUCUACUUGUUGAGUAUCUUCACGAAAAGGUUCUUUCUUAUCUGAAAAUGGAAAAAUAAUUGUUUCAGUACUCGCUGAAAGAAAAGCACCCGAUAAAGCCGUAUUCAGACGCUCUCGGUGGAAUCAACGCCAAAAUUGUUGGUUUUUUUCUCAUCAUUUUGAUCAAGGUGGUCUAGGAGUUAACUUUCCCUAACCUAAUAAACUUCUUUAUUGAAAUUUCCUUUCUCCGACCAGUCAAAUAAUCCCAAUCUUUAUCAGAUCGUGCCAAUGUUGGAAACGGUGAAAAAAGUGCGCGAGAAAGGCCUCAAAACAGGAUUGUUGACGAAUAAUAUGUUUCUGGACAAGGUGAAAGAACGAUUAUCUAACUUCAAGUUUUUCUUAUUUUUUAGGACGGCGUGAAGAGUCGAUUGAUCAUCGACACGGCACAUUUCGACGUCUUGAUCGAGUCUUGUGUCGAAAAAGUCAUGAAGCCGCAGCCCGAGAUCUACAAGGCAAUUUCGAAACUUUGAAGUUUUUUAAUAGGACCUUAGAGCUUAGCCUUGAGUAUUCAAAAUUUCAAACUAGGUUUCUGAAUGAAACAACUUUUUUAAAUGAUUGAAGGCCAAACUGUGAAAAGAAAGUAACUUUUUUUAAUUAAACUUCAUGAAAUCAGACCUCAAAACUUGAGUUUUAAAAUCAACUUCACAAAGCUCAACUUGGAAGGCUUCAACCUUCAUUUCAGAUGAUGGAAGACCGACUGGGCCUCGCACCCAACCAAAUUCUGUUCCUCGACGACCUCCAAGUGAACCUGGACGCCGCUGAAGCGCGUGGUUGGCACACAAUUCUUGUAAGUUCUAUUUUCAUUUUCGAAAAUGAAAAGUUUAGGUUGAACCUUUCGACGUCGCUCCAGCCGUCCAGAAACUUCUCGAGGCGAUUGGAGAAAGCAGUUGA